AUGAAGUUGACACUCUUCCUCACAGUCACGCUCUUCACUGGUGUCUUGGCUACUUCCCUGUCCAAGACAGUCAUCGUCAGAGAUGAGACACUUGAAGCUCGCCGUCUACCAGCCUUUGCUACACCGCGCAUUGGCGUCACUGUAGCUUCAGUGAAGAAAGGACGUACUUCUCACGUCAAGCGCUCGAUCAGCCGCAAGGGUGUGAGCUUGGUUAGCUUGGUAGAGCGUGUUGCUGAGAAGAUUAAGGAGAGAUGUGAUGACAUCGAAUCUGUUUUGGAGGAAACUAAGGUUGAGAGACUGUCGAAGGACAACGCUGUGCACAAAGUCGUUCGCAAGAUGAACAGCAUCAGAGCAACACUCUCUCGAACAGUCUCCAUCAUGGACAGGACUCCAACUCUUGAUCUCACCCAAGACAAUAGUCAAGCUCUUCUCAGCAAUGUCUACAUCAUCACAAAAGAACUGCACAGCACAGCCAAAGACUCCGUCACCACUCUAGGAGGAACAGGAGCUCGCUCCAUGUCUCGAGCAACGCACAUGCUCGCCGAUGUCCUCAACAAUAUCGUCACCAUCAACCCAGAUAUCACCUCAGAUGUUUAUCGCAAGCUAUCGCCCAUCUUCUCCGACAUGGUUUCUACCGACGAGAAAGACUUGCAUGUCUUCAUCAUGAGCUCAGUGACGGAGUUCUUGUCAUCCAUCAAGCCCGAUGAUCUUGACUCAUGCAGCUCUGGAGAUUGUUUAGACAGUCCAAACGAAGAGUUGAAGUGA